AUGGUGUGUCAAAUAAUCAACUUGUUAGAAAAUGGUUACUCACCCAAAUUAAUUUUAAAACUUCUUGACGAAUGUGGGAAGGAUGAAUUUGAUUUUUUUGAAGCAUUAUUAGAACUUUACUGUGUUGUUGGACAAAAAGGAACAGGUACUAUUAAUUCACAUGAACUUAGAAAUGGAAAUUGUUUAUCAUGGGGUAAAAAAUUAAGUUCAAGUAAAGUAUCAGAUAGAAAUAAUAAAUAUGGUGGAUGGUUACCAAUUUGUGAAAGUCAUUAUAUAGAAUAUGCUGCUGCUUUUAACUCUUUAAAAGGUUUAGGAGCUUUUUUAAAAUCAAGAAAACCUAAUCUUAAAGAUAAAAUUAAAAAAUUUACAACUUCUUCAUCUGUGAUAAGUGCUUUAGGUGAAAAAAAGGAAAAAGACUAUGAUCCAAUAUCUGAUUCAGUUCAACCUUUGGUUUCAGUUUCUGAAAUGCUUUUUGACUGUGGAGAUUGGUUUUUAUCACCUAAAGAGAAUUGUAGUAAGUCAAUUGGUAAAAACAACAUUUCAAAUGUGUAUCGUAUACAAUUGGGUUACUUAAUGGGGAAAAACAAAAGAUUCAGUGAAUUAAUAGAAGUUUUAUGCAUAUUAGCUCAACGUUUUGUCGAAUAUGUUGAAUCAACUAGUGUUGGUGUGGAAGUUUUUAAACUACUCUUAGAACAAGCUUCUGGUGUCGAUGAGAGUGGUACAGCAGAAUUGUUUCUCAGUAUUAUGUUAACAACAUCUUUUGAAAAAGAAUAUUCACGUCAUCAGUGUAAAUCAAAACACCAUGAUUUAUCACAUUCACUUGAAGAAAGUAUGUCAUUGUAUGAUUUAAAGUGUAUUGCAGAUUUAAGAAGGGCAUAUUUUGGAAAAGUCGUUAAUGUAAAACUUCUAUCUGAUUGUGAAAAGAAAAAAGUUUAUUUUCAAACUCUUCAAUCGUUAGAUUUUUUGCAUCAAAUGGUGUAUUUUAAUGAUAAAGACGCUAUCAAGUUAUCUUUGAAUUUUGCACACUGGUGGGUAUAUUCUAGUUCACCGUUGGCUAUUACCCAAUCUGUUCAAUUAUUGAGGUAUAUCUUUGAAGUUGGAAAAAACAUGCUAGAUAAUUUGAUAACAAUUGAAGAAAUUCAUAAACUUUGUUCUUGGAUUUUUCUAUUAAUAAGUCACAAUAAAAAUAACACAGAAUUUUUAUAUGACAAACAAAUAACUCUUGAUUCAAUUCCAUUAUUAACGGAAGAAGAAAUUAAAGAAUGUGUUGAACUUUACAAAUAUAUAAUUUUAAAUUUUCAUCAUAGUGUUAGUACUAAAGAACUGAGACUUCUUACAAAUAUUGUUAACGAUUCAACAACACUUAAGUCUAUUUCACAUAUUAUUAUUGGUUAUUGUAAAGUAGAUUUAAAAAGUUUAAAAAACCUUAAAGACAUUAUUAAAAUUUCAAUUAAUUUUUGUUGUGAAAACAACAGACUAAAUUUUUUGAAAUUAUUUGUAGCGGAGAGUGGUGGAAAUGCUUUAGAGAUGCUUGCAGAAUUUUUUGACGAGACCUUUAAUACUCUUUUGAACAAAAAACAAAAUGAUGUCGCCUUAGCUUCUGUUUUAAUUUCGAUUGAAUAUUUAGAAAGUACUAUAGAGACGUUGAAGGAUUUAAGAAUAAAAUUCGAUGAUGAUGUUUAUCUAUCAAGUCUUCAGAAGUUCAAGUUUAUUGAACUUUUUGAAAAAUUGUUUAACUCCACUACUAGUUGUUAUCCUCUUUUAAAUCCUUCACUUAAACUGUUAUUGACUUUAUUAAAAACUAACAUUUCAUGGUUUGUGACUAAAGAAAAUAUUACAAAAUUGAAUAUAUAUUUGGAGGAUAUUUUUAUACUUACAAAGGAUAGAAUUACAAUUUUGUAUUUAUCUAAAAUAUUCUUAUUUUUAUAUGACUGGACACGAAAUACAUUUGGAUUAGAUUCAAAGGAGUUUAAAGAUAUAGUUGAAUUUCUUUGUUUAAAGCUUGUAAAAAAAUGUUUUGAAAUUUUAAUGAAAAAUCACAAUAAAUUACAAGUUGAUCCUAUUAAAUUAGGACAAGAAGAGUUAUUUUUUUAUUCACUUAAUCAGGAACACCUGUUUGCAGCAAUAAAAAUUGGUGCUUUACCAAUGAUUGGAAGUAAACAACCUCAGAAAAUUUUUGAAAUGUUGAUUAGUACAACAAACCUUUUAAUUAAAUUAACAACUCCUAUUGCAAGAAAAGUAAUUUCUGAAGUAAUGACAAUAUUACCAAAGUAUGCACUUCACAUAUGUUUUGUAGGAAAAAAUCCUGAAAAUAUGGACAAUUUUUUAAAGAUUUUACAUUUACUUGAACAAUUAUUGUCAAAUCCAAAUAUAUCUAUUGGUAAAGCAAUUACAUCAUAUUUUAACUGUAUUUCAAAAUUAUGUAUAAGACAGUCAUCUAGUGCCACUAGAACUGAAAUGAUAAAAGUUCUUUUAGGAGAAGAAAUUUUAAAACAAUUAAGUUAUAUACUUAUUAAUGAAAUUUUUGGUGACACACCAUUUUAUUUUGAUGUACAGAAUUCUAAUAUUCAAGCAAUGUAUCUAAACUCACCUACAAAAGAUAAACUCAAUGAUAUUGGUUCAAAAUCUCUCGAAGUUUCUCCUUUUAUUGAAGAUUUAUCACUACUUGAUGAAAAUGCUAAUAACGAAAUUUCUAAAAAAAGACUUCAAGUAUUUGGUAAAAGAUAUAAAAGACCUUUAGAACAAUAUUUUAAACUUGGAAAUGAAGAAUAUUCUAAAUUCUAUUUUAAUCAUGUUGCAUUAAGACUUUCAAAAGUUGGGUUGUUGUCAUCACAUUUGUUAGAAGAAUGGGAUAGAAAAAAAGAUCUUUUGUCUUCUGUCAAAACUUUGUUUUUCUUAACAUCUAAUAAUGAAUUAAAAAAAGUCAUUGAAAUGAGUCUUGAAUGGGUGUAUGCUUAUAUAAUUCUUUGUCCAUGGCAAAAAUAUGAAGAUUUAUUUACUAAUAUAAAAGCAUGUUUUUUAUUUGACGGAAAUAUUAGUAAUGGACGAUUUGAAUUUUACGAUAAAAUAAGUAUCAAAAUAUUUUCUAUUUUAGAAUGCAAUAAAACAUUAAGUAAUGAUUUAAAGUGCGAAUUUGCACACCAUGCUUUAUCUAGAUUAGCUUUAAGAAAGUAA